AGGUUUGGCUACACCCCAGUGCAAGAAAGACUCAGCUGCCUGGCCAAGGACAACUCUAUCUACGUUGUAGCUAAUAUUGGAGAUAAGAAGCCAUGCAAUGCCAGUGACUCUCAGUGUCCCCUCGAUGGUCGUUAUCAAUACAACACUGAUGUGGUGUUUGAUUCUCAGGGAAAACUGGUGGCACGCUACCAUAAGCACAACCUUUUCAUGGGUGAAAAUCAAUUCAAUGUACCCAAGAAACCUGAGGUUGUGACUUUUGACACCAUCUUUGGAAGAUUUGGCGUUUUCACAUGCUUUGAUAUACUCUUCUAUGAUCCUGCUGUUACUCUGGUGAAAGAUUUCCAUGUGGAUACCAUAGUCUUCCCAACAGCAUGGAUGAAUGUUUUGCCACAUUUAUCAGCUAUUCAAUUCCACUCAGCUUGGGCAAUGGGCAUGGGAGUCAACUUCCUUGCAUCCAAUAUACAUCACCCCUCAAAAAGAAUGACAGGAAGUGGCAUCUAUGCACCCGAUUCUCCAAGAGCAUUUCAUUAUGAUAUGAAGACAAAAGAGGGAAAACUUCUCCUCUCACAACUGGAUUCUUAUACACAUCACCCUAUCGUGGUGAAUUGGACUUCUUAUGCCAGUAGUAUAAAAGCAUUCCCAACAGAAAAUCAGGAAUUUACAGGUACUGCUUUUUUUGAUGAAUUCACCUUCUUGGAGCUCACAAGAGUCACAGGAAAUUACACAGUUUGUCAGAAAAAACUCUGCUGUCAUCUAAGCUACAAGAUGUCUGAAAAGAGAACAGAUGAAGUUUAUGCCCUAGGGGCGUUUGAUGGACUACAUGUUGUCGAAGGGAGGUAUUAUUUACAGAUUUGUACUCUGCUGAAGUGUAAAACAGCACAUGUACAUACUUGUGGUGGUGCAGUUGAAACUGCUUCUACCAGGUUUGACAUGUUUUCCCUCAGUGGUACUUUUGGAACCCAGUAUGUUUUCCCUGAGGUGUUGCUAAGUGAAACUCAGCUUGCACCCGGAGAAUUUCAGGUGUCAAGUGAUGGACGGUUGUUUAGCAUGAAGCCGCUAUCUGGACCCCUCUUGACUGUGACUCUGUUUGGGAGAAUAUAUGAGAAGGACCAGACAUUAAAGGCUUCAUCAGAUCCCAGGUCACAAGUACCAGGAGUAAUGCUCUUAGUCAUAAUACCAAUUGUGUGCUCAUUAAGUUGGUAGAAUAUUUUCAUUUGUUCUCUUUUAUUUUGUGUAAUUUAAAAAAUGAUGGAUGAGAAAAGAAUGAAGACCAUAACAGUGGUCAUGGUCUCUUGUACAAGCAAAUACAAGUAUAUUUUCAUAUAUAGUUCACUGUUUUUUAGACACACACACACACACCCCCCCCAGAUAAUAGAUGCCGGAUAAACUGUGACAUAAUUUUGAAAGUAAAAUGCUAUAAAAUGAGAGUAACAGUUUUACCCAUAUUUUACAGGAUUUCUUGGGGUGAGAAUUAAAUAAUUGAAUACAUUUAAAGUCCUUAGGCAAGUUUCUGGGUCUGGUAUGUGUGCUAGCUAUUAUAACUGUGUGACUAUCACAAUAAAAGCACGUGUGAUAUAUUUAUUGCUAAAGUUAUAUUACUUCUGAUUGUCUAAAGUGUAAACAUUUUCUCAUGGCUUAGCCACCAUGCAUAUUUCAGUUAGAAAAUCAGUGAACUCAACCUUAGCAAAUUGGUUUUGGCUCCAUACCUAGCAAUAAUGUACUCUAGAAGGCAACUAGGCUUGCACCUAGGAAUCUAUUAGCACUUCUUCACAUUUUUGCACAUUUUUCAGUAUGUCUGUAGUGUUUUGCCUAUUUUAUCAGCCUACGAGCAUAUUAAUAGGGUGGUUCUAAACCAAGCACUUACUGAAUUUGAUUUUGUGAAGCCUGUGAGCUAAGAAAGUUUCUAAGUGGUUGAAAACCAAAGAAGAGUAAAAUGAAGAAUAAUAUUUCGUGACACAUGAAAAUGAUCUGAAACUCAAGUUUCAGUCUCCAUACCUAAAGCUUGAUUGAACACACCGCAUUCUUUAAGUAUUGUUGAUGGCUGUUCCUAUGCUAUGGUGCUGAAGUUGGGUUGUUAUGACACAGACCCUAUGGCCAGAAAAGCUGCAAAUAUUUACUGCCUGGCCUUUAAUAGAAACAGUUUGUUGACUCCUGCUCUGAAGUGUUAAGUAACAAUGGAGUUUAGUAUUGAAAACCUUUAAAACAUCUCAGUGGGCAAAUUGCCUUAAGUGUCUGUCUUGUAAUUCUUUCAUAAAAGGAGGAAUAAGAUCGUUUUAUUUGCUUUGUAUGAUAUGCCAUCACAGAUACACAUACACACAAAAGAUUACCCUGAUUAACUUACAACCAAAUGUGCUAAGUAGAUUAAUGCCCCAAAUAAGUGAAGAUAAUUUUUGAACAUGAUUGAUAUUUAUUUACUAUAAGAUACACAAAAGUCUUUGUUUUUUUUUGCAUUUAAUAUGUUCUAAAAUUCUGAGAGAAUGCAUAUUAGUUUUUAUUUUCAAAAUUUUCCUGGAAAUCAACUGAGAACUACUGAUAUGAACAUACUAUCUGAUAAUUUCCCCUGUGGCAAACUUACUAGCCUGUUUCAAAGUGAUUUUUCUUAAAGUUAAAUGUUACAAGUAGUGAAUCUAUUUUUUUCAAAAUGGUAUUUACUACAUCUGUACCCAGCUCUGAUUACUUGUUCAUUCUGGAUUUCUUUAAGCCAUAUGUAUGUAUUUUAUGAUAGUUUUGAUAUGCUUUUUAACUGUAAUUUUUAUUUCCUCUGCAUAAUUCAUGAUGCUCUUUUAAUACACACAUGGAAUCAUGGAAAUUCUCCAUGAUUAA